UCGGAUAAUUGUAUUUUCUUUUUAAACUUUGAAAAUUUAUUUCGAGUGAAAUCUUGCGAAGACGUAAACAAGUUAUUUUAGUAAACGGCUUGACUUCCAGCGGAUUGUAUCUGCUCAGGAUUCACUUUUAAUUUAGAGUGUUAUAGCUUUAAAUAUUAACUAUGACAUCAAAGAAAACAAUGCUGUUCGCAUCGCCGAGAACGAACGCAGGUUGCGGGAAUUUAGUGACACCGGUUACAUCCACAAAAUACAAUCUGAAACCGCCGUCGCGUAAAUUAUGGCAGAAAGAAAAUUUGAACAUUGAUAACGAGAAGUGGAGAAAAUAUCGAAUUGAGGAGGAGGAUAAAUGGGACCAGCUCGAGUCCCCGCAGUUUGUCGAUUUUUCCAAUAUACCUGAGAGCAGAGAUUCGUUUUUCAAUAAACCAAGGGUGAUCGUAAGUACUCCGAUACCGGGUUCCAAAGGGAUUUUUCCGAGCACGAGUAAGGAAGACUCAUUGAUCACGUCUUUGAAUACAUUCUCUUUAUCUGGAAUAAAUGAUAUAUCACCGAAAAUACAGUGCAACAACAGUGGCCAGGAAAGCGAGGAGAACGAAAGUUUUGUGAAGCAUGACACAAUUAUCAAAAUGGAGAACGAUGAGAAAGGAAAGUGUAAUAAAGUGAAAAAAGCACAAAGCAACGCCGUGUAUCCAUUUAAGUUUGAUUUGCGACAGAAACUUAAAGAAGAAGAAAAACAAGAACGUCUUAACAAGAUCUUGGAAGAAGAGAAAAAGACAAGAGUGUUCCGGGCAAAUCCAGUUCCCAAAUACCUAAAAACUCGAUCACUUCCAGCUACUACCAAUAAAAACAUUAAUAAUAAUGUUGGGAGAAAUAAUUGUAAUACCAGCGAUAAUGAUCAAAAGUUACAAGCUACGACUAAAAACAUUAAAAGAAACAUAGAGAUUUGGAAGAAACCACCGUUUAUACCGUGUCGAACAAGGAAAAACUCGAGUAGACCAAAGACGCCACUCCUUCAAACAGCAAUUCGAGCGCAGGAAAGAAAACGCUUUGAUGAAAUCUUAAGAGAAAAAGAAAUACAGAGACAACAACAGAGUCUAAAGGAGAUCAUCGUCAAACAAAAGGAACAGGAAAAAGAAAUUGCGAUAUUAAGAAAACAAACUGUUCACAAAGCGCAACCAAUUCGCAAAUAUAAGACAGGUUUACCAGAAAUACAAAAACGUCCAUUAACUGAUCCGAAGAGCCCAAUAUCGAAACGCCGUCGUAUAGGUACUGAGAAUGUAAUCAAAAUCGAUCGUGUUAAUAGUAACGUUUAA